AUGUUGCCGCGAGAUGAGAAUGCUGAGACAUUUGACAGCUUUGACCUUCAUCUAUAUUCAGCAGCUGAGGUAUUGCGGACGGUGAGAUACGUCAAAGUGCUGGACUUUGUCUGCCGUGCACCUACGUCGAACCGAAAAAAGAUAGAGGCAUUCGGUAGUGCCGGAAAAUAG